CAACUUCCUCUCCAUUUAAUGUUUAUAGUGCAUCAAAGUGCCUUAGCAACUGUUUACACAAUUUUUACUUUCAGUUUUGAUUUUUGUCGAUAAAACAGACAUAAUAACCAUGAGUGACCAUGAUAGAGCACGAGACAAGGCAGCUAGACUUCUGAAGAAACAGGGGAGUAUGUCAUCACUAAAUAGCAGUGACAUACGACAAGAAAAACAUCACCGACAUGGAGCCAGUUCCAUGAGCACAGUGUCAUUUAUGGAUGAACCAGGCCAUGAGGAUAACUUUAAACCCACUGUACGCCAGGAAAACUCAUAUCAGACAGAGCCCAAAAAGAAAUUCCCUUCCGGCAAAGUAAAACACAUCAUACGAGACGUGCUUGACAGCUACCUGGCAGAGGAAAGAUAUGAGCCAGAGCUUUGCAGACAGAUGUCGAAAACCAUAUCUGAGGUGAUAAAGGCACGUGUUAAGGAAAUGAUGAUUCCUCGAUUCAAGGUGAUUUGUUUGGUCCACAUCGGUCAGCUCAGCAGUCAAGGUCUUCGCAUCGGCAGUCGAUGUCUGUGGGAUGACAAAUACGACACCUUUUCAUCCUCAGAGUUCAGAAAUAAGUCAAUAUUUGCAAUUGGAAUGGUGUAUGGGGUGUAUUAUGAGUAAGAGGUGUUAGGCGGGAAAAAGGAAAAUGGUUAAAAUUGCAAUACGCAGAGACAUACAUGUAUAUCCAGAUACUUCAAGUGCGCUCUCAAUGCUUAUUUUUAAAAGAACAUGUAUUUUUUCUUAUACACUCAGUUAAUUAAUUUAUCUUCAUUUUUACCUCGUCUGUUGUUUUUUUAGUAAGUAAAAUGAGGUAUUGUGAUGGAAAAACUUUUGCCAUAACUCGAAAUACCUUCAAGAUAUUCAAAUGAAACUUUCUCCACAUUUUGUCAGUGAACAUGUGCGCAUGUUGAGCAGAGCAGGGCCCUUAACUCUGACUUUCGUAAUUGUCCAGUUAUGUCCCUUUUUACCAAGAAAAAACAGACAGUGUUUGGUGUUCUCUCCACUGCAAUCUUGUUUUAUAUCCAUCAGUUUUUUUGAGAAAAAGUUUUUAUUGCUAUAUGAAUUGUAAUGUUAAGCAUUUUUUUGCCAGCUGACAAGAAUAAAAUUGCUCAUAAGUGUUAGAAUAGAAUAAUAUAUCUCUGUACUUUAAUUUGUACAUUUUAAUUUUUCGUUAUUUAAGUAAGCAAAACAUUUGUAGUCUAUUAGGAAUAUCAUUAUCGACAGUCAAUUAAAUGAUAAUAUCUUGUAAGAGAUUAUGAUUGUAAAUACGUUAAGCUAACAUUUAAAUAAUAUAUAACAACAUAAUCUAUUAUAAAAAGCCAAAUGUGCAAGUGCUAAAUCAUAAAUUAACAUAAUUUCCAUUUGCAUUUUAUUUGAUUGUAUGUAUUUAAGUUCGUUAUUUAUUUACAUAAUUGACUAAAAGAUGGACUAUGGUGUACACAUAAAUUUUACAUAAAUCAAAAUGUAAUGCAUUUGACCACCAACAUUUUAGUUAGUCUUCGGAAAUUUCAUGAAAGAUGUUCAAUUAAACAGUCAGUUAUAAUAAUCAAAAUGAUAUCAAAGACAAUCAUGUAAGAAACCCCGGAAAGUCAUCAUUAAAAAAGUGACUUCCAUGGUUGGUUUUUACUGACAUUGCAAUUGCACAGAUCUUAGUUUUCCUCCAAACUUUACUUCCUGGAAGGUGUUUUUGUCAUAUUAUUUUGUGUUCAAUAUAUUAUUGAGAUGUUUUAUUUUAGAUUUAAUUAGACUCUCACUUGUGUGUUGUUGACCUUUCCAUUCUUGGUUUCUGGUAUUAUAUGUAUUAUAUCAAACAGACCCAGUUGUUAAAUGAACUGUUGUUAUUAGAAUUUGUAUACAUGUGCCUUUCAGCAUUUAGCCAAUUUACUUGUUACAAUAAUUAGUCAUGUUUUCAAAUGUUUGUUACAUGUAUAAAGUACCGACUGGUAUUCAUAAACAUCUUUAUAUCCUAACUUCUGUCAGUUUAUUAAGUUUAAAACUUUUUUAACAUUAAAUUAGUCAAUUAAAAUGAUAUAUUUAUAUCAAAAUUAUUAUAUUUUUAUAUCAUAAAUAAUACCAGUGUGAUACUUAAAAUAGCAAAAUGACUUAAGAUGCUUAAUGAAUUCCGGCCCUUUUCCAAAGGAAACAAUUAAAAAAAAAAUUGGCCUUAGUUGUAUAAGAUUUAUAUUAUUUUUCAAUUGGAAAUAUAGGAAUAUCAAAGAGCGAAAUCCAAAAUAUUGAAAACCAUUUGUCUAACAAGGUAAACUAACUUUUAUUAUAAGCUAGACUAGAAAAUAUAAAUAAGAAAAACAUAUUUGUUUCAGGAUUGUUAUGUUGAUUAAUGAAUUAGCAUGUUUUUCAAAUAUAUGUGUAUGUUUGUAACUUUGUUAAUUGAUCGAAAUAUGUACUUUUAUCACAAAUCAAAAUCAAAAUAGUGUCACUACUUUCAAGAACUUUUCUGAUAUAUAUCUAUCCCUAUUUACAUUUGUGAAGUCACAUUUUGUAAAUUAUAUUUCUUCUGUGCAAUCUUUUCACAGUGAAUAUGUUUGAUAACCAUAAUCUUGUAUUACACCAAUAAUUGUAUUAAAUUAUUACAGCUGUUAGUAUGUGAAUGAUAAUUAAUUUCAUGACUAGUGAAUUAAUAUGUUAAUUUGGUAUUUCACAUGCCAUAUGUAGUCAAAAUAAAUAAAAUAUAUAAUUUAAAUGCUUAAAGAGUUUUUUAAUCAGAGUAUAUUUGGUGUUGUACAUGAAAUCACUAGCUGAAUUACAUAAAAUAUAUUCAAGAAGUUCUGAAUCAAUGUUAAUUUGGUAUUUCACAUUGAAUCAGCAGUCACAAUAAACAAUUUUAUAUAUCUUUAAAAAGCUUUAAGAAUUUCUGAAUCAAAACUUUAUGUAAUGCUAGGCCAAUCUAGAAUAUUAGAAUUUCCCUGUGUUAGCAAUUUGAUAUUAUUACCUAUUUAACAGAUAUUAAUUGCAUAUAUGUGUGGCUCUUUAAAUUAGAUGUAUUAAAGUACAUAUCCACUGUAUGAAUAUAUUCUACUUGUGACUUGAAACUUUUUUAUUGAGCCAUAAUAUGUCAAAAGAAUUACACUUUCUAUAUCAAAGACUUGGGUUAAACCAGAAAAAUCCUCCUCCCUUAUAUUUAAAUAACAAUGCUUUUCAUGCUCUCAAGAGAUGGGAACAUAUAAAAUAUUCCACAACAUGUCAGAUACAGCAUCUUGGGCAUGUCAACAUUGAGGCUUAUGCAAACUUUGACACAAAUGUUUUACAUAACCCUGUUUAUUUCAGGUUCAUACAAUAUUCCAAAUGGUAUUCGAUACUCUGAAUGAUAUCUGUUUUACAUAUAUUUUGCCUGUCCUGAAUAUCACAAAAAUACUUAAGUCAGAUAUCAAUUUCAAUCUUUACUUAUUUUUCCACAUAAGAGCAUAGUAUGAUUCAACAUUUAGUAUGUUUUUAAUCUCUCUAAAAGCAAAAUCAUCUCAUAAAAUGUGUUAAUAAACGUUUUGUAUAUAUAUAGUCGAAAGAAAAACCAUUAAUUAAAGAAACAAAAAUGUACUUUAGUAAUUGCCAACCAAAAUUAAUGAGAUGUACUUAAUAACAUUUUGUGCUGUAGAAUAUUUGUCUUUGAAAUAUUGACGAGAACUUUAAAUCAAUAUAUUCUAUCCCAUAAUGUUUUUUGAAAAAGGGGAAAUGCAUUUAUUAUUCUGACUUACUUUUGAUGUUAUGUGGUAAAAUGUCUUGAGACUGAGACUGAGAUUUUCCUGAAAUAUUUGUGUGGUAUUGAGGACUGGUCUUUUUGCAUAACCUGUGAUCAUAUCAUGUUGAUUUUUUCUAGGACUUUUACUGUCUGCCAUCAAACCAUUGUUUACAACUAACUUUUCCAUUUUUGAGAAUCAAAUAUUUGUUAUAUACUAGAAGUUACAUUGUUCUUAGAAGUUAUUUAUUUUCAGAGCUUUUGUAUACAAUUACAGGCUAAAUAUACAUACUGUUCUUA